ACGCGCCGCCGCCGCAGCCGCCGCCGCCGCCGCCCCCGCCAUGGCGCACUCGCCGGUGGCCGUUCAAGUGCCCGGGAUGCAGGCAGGAGCCUCGGCCUCAUCUUCCUGGAACACAAAUCAGAGAACUGAUCCCGAAGAGUUGUUCACCAAAUUGGAGCGCAUUGGGAAAGGCUCCUUUGGAGAAGUUUUUAAAGGAAUUGAUAACCGGACCCAGCAAGUGGUUGCUAUAAAAAUCAUAGACCUUGAGGAAGCAGAAGAUGAAAUAGAAGACAUUCAGCAAGAAAUAACUGUUUUAAGUCAAUGUGACAGUUCGUAUGUAACCAAAUACUAUGGAUCAUAUUUAAAGGGCACAAAGCUGUGGAUCAUAAUGGAAUACUUGGGUGGAGGAUCAGCACUGGAUCUUCUUCGAGCUGGCCCAUUUGACGAGUUCCAGAUAGCUACCAUGCUAAAGGAAAUUUUGAAAGGUCUAGACUACCUGCAUUCCGAAAAGAAAAUUCACAGGGAUAUAAAAGCUGCCAACGUCUUGUUGUCAGAGCAAGGAGACGUUAAGCUUGCAGACUUUGGAGUCGCUGGCCAGUUGACAGAUACGCAGAUUAAAAGGAACACCUUUGUGGGAACCCCAUUCUGGAUGGCCCCUGAAGUUAUUCAGCAAUCUGCCUAUGACUCAAAAGCUGACAUAUGGUCCUUAGGAAUAACUGCCAUUGAAUUAGCCAAAGGAGAGCCACCCAACUCUGACAUGCAUCCCAUGAGAGUUCUUUUCCUGAUUCCAAAAAAUAAUCCACCAACUCUAUUGGGAGAUUUUACUAAGCCCUUUAAAGAGUUCACGGAUGCGUGUUUGAACAAGGAUCCGUCAUUUCGUCCGACGGCUAAAGAACUGCUGAAGCACAAAUUCAUUAUUAAAAAUGCCAAGAAGACAUCAUACCUGACAGAACUGAUCGAUCGGUUCAAGAGGUGGAAAGCCGAAGGGCACAGCGAUGACGAAUCAGAUUCCGACGGCUCUGACUCGGAAUGCAGCAGCAAGGAAAGUAAUUCUCAUCCCGAAUGGACUUUCACUACCGUCAGGAAGAAACCUGAUGCAAAGAAACUCCAGAACGGAACGGAACAAGACCUUGCCAAAACCCUGAGCUGCUUGUCUACAAUAAUCACACCCGUAUUUGCUGAAUUGAAAGAGCAAGACACAAGUAACGCAAGCAGAACAAAAGCGAUCGAAGAGCUUGAAAAGAGUAUGGCAGUGGCGGAAUCUGCCUGUCCUGGAAUUACGGAUAAGAUGGUGAAGAAAUUAAUUGAGAAGUUUCAAAAGUAAGUUUCCUGGGUAAGCUACUUUUCCUUCAAGUCAUUCUUGAAAAACUCUCGUCUUCUUCCUCCAGUUUGGUUCCUUGGCUUAAGCAGGCUAAUUGGCCACAAACAUACAGUCACAAUUUCCUUCCCAACCAAGAAAUGAUUUUUAGCUAGCAUUUUAGAAACAGUUGUUGACUGUCUCCAGAACUUAAAAAUUGCUCUCCCUCUCUCUCCCCUCCUCCCUCUUCCCCCACCCCCCUCACCCCCGAAAAAAAAAUCUAUUUUUUGCUGAGGCAACUGGGGUUAAGUGAUUCGCCCAGAGCCACACAAUGUAUCAGAUCAGAUUUGAACUCUGGUUCUCCAUCUACUGUGCCACCCAGCUGCCCCUAUAAUAUUCUUUAGGCAAAAAAUAUGAAGAGCAUUUAAACAUUUCUUUUUGUCAUAAAAGGCAAAGCGGGAUACAAUAUGUAAAUUUAAAUUCUCUUCCCUCCCCCCACUUUAUAAAAAAAAAAUCACAAAAACCUUUAUUUUUAGUUUAGGAGAUUCAAGAACAACAGGUUCCAGUUUUAUCAGGAAAACAUGGAAAACUAUUUUCCUUCCUUGGCAAUUGGCAAAUAACAGUUGCUUGGAAAUUGAUUUCUGCCACCCAUCAGAUUAAAAGAGUUUUAGCAGCCUGUGGAAUCAAUUGAUUGUUAAUACUUUUUGUUUUUAAUUGUUUGGUUUUUUUAAUUCAUAGGUUUUCCGUUAAUGACUCAUCCUAAGAAACUUCCCAUUAUUGACUUCAGUUACAUCCAGCUCCAUUGAAAUCCACCCAGACAACUUCAAGCUUGGCAGUGCUUACUUAUUAGCUCAUGAGCUCCCAUGUGCCUUUUGGAUCUUUGCAGCAUACUGAUGGUGAAGGAUUUGGAAGCACCUACUCAACUAUUUUGUGAGGGCGUAUAUGGUUUUAUAUUUUCAGGAGAUGAUUUUGUAGAGAGGUUUUAAUAUCAUAGUAUCAUCUAUGUUUAUUCUGGUAAAUGUUGAGCUCUAGUUUUGCUUUUAGGCAUCAAUUAUUUUUAAUAGGAUGCGCAAGUUAAUAGUAGGAUUUUGCUCUUUGGUUAACUGUACACUGCUGAGACAUACAGAUCUGUCAUAGCAACCAUGAGUGAAACUUAUCAAGAAGUUUCCAAAACCAGCUCUUCUCUCUCCUCCCCACCCCCCAAGAGACCGUUCUAGGCAGCGCUCACCUGCGUAGCACCAGGAAAGGCAAAGCGUGAAAAGGCGCACUUGUCACCGCGUACCCAUUCUGUUUUUGGACCAGGACAAACCACUCACCGAUUCCCCACUCCCCUCAUUUGAGAGCAAUAAUGUAGUAAAGUAGUUUGCAGCUGCUCCAUGUAGCCACAUCAACAAACAUCAUCUUUCGUAGAACAGGCUUUUUCGAGUCAUAUUUGAAGUCUUAUCGUCAAUCACAGCUAGAAACUUAAGAGCAAUACCGCACAGCCAGGGAAGGCUUUUACAAUACCGUUGGAAAUGCAGGCUGGUCCAUCUCCCUGAAACGUUCCCAAUGCUUAGGUUUAGGGGGAGCUCGAAGAGGUUGGCUACCACCUCUUCCUCCCCAGCAGCGACGGCGGGUAUCCGAGCAGAAAUCCCAACCAGCAUUAUUUGUGUGUGCGUAUGGGGGUUAAGUUGGCUCGUGAAGUGUUUGUUUUCUCAAUCUGUCCACAGCCAUCAUUUGUUCAUAAUUUCCGAAAGGGUAUUUUGAAUAUAUAUUUCCUGUUAGUAUGCAAAUAACUGAGUUAGAGGUAUUCUUUCCCCCAAGUAGUCUCCAGUGGAAUAGAGUAAUAUUUUUCCCUCCCAAAAAGUAGGUAAGGUGAUACAAUUGCUUUUUCGUUCUAUUUAUGGUACUUACGGAUCCAGUAUGUAUAUUAUGCUGAAUUUCAAUACUUGUGGGAUUGUUGGUGUACAUUUAUUUUUUAUAAAGGUUCUUGUGUUUCUCGUAUCAUUUGGAUCUGCACAAUCUUGUUUUUGCACAAGUCUUGUUAAGAACCUGCAUAUCCUAUCUGCCAAAUAUAAGAAGGAGGAAGGUGUGAAGGUCUGGGGAGUCAAGUGGCCAUUGGCUUCUUUUUUUUGAUCCGAGACACCCGAGAGUCAGAAAGUGCAGUGUUCUCCUGUAUACCAAGGAUAAGUUCUUUUCAAUGGUGCCUACAGUGUAUAAAAAAUAUUUUUCAUUCCUUGUUUUCGUGUUCAAGAAAUGAUUCUGUUAAGAUUUUCACCUGCUGUGUAACUGAAACUCAAUUACUUACGAUUUCUAUCUACAAGUCUGGAGGUCAUUUUUGAAAACAAGAGUGUUCUGGAUUAAAAUAUUUUUGUAUAAGCAACAAGUCAUAUAAACACAGUUAUCUGAAGCUUUACAAAGUUCAACUAGUAACGUGCAUUAUCAGUGUAGUUAAUUAAGUCUUACUAUUUAAAGUGUAUGUUCCUUCACCCUGUCGGGGAGGUUACAAAAAUAAAUAUUUUAAUUCCGUAAA